CCGCCCGGGGGGCCGCGCCGGGGCCCGGCGGCCUCUCAGGGCCGCGUCCUCCGGCGGCGGCGGCGGCGGCGACUGCUCCGGAGCCCCAUGUCCGUCGGUCCGUCCUCGCCUUUCCCCGGGGCCCAGGGCCCGGGGCCGGGGGGUCGGGCCGCCCCCCCGCCUCGCCGGCUCACCGGGCAGCCAUGGCCCCUUCCCCUCCCUUCUCGUCCGGUCGCCGCCUCCUCCUCCUCACCUCACCCCGCCCGCGCGCACUCCGCGCGCCGUCCGCGCGCCCCUCCCCCCGCCCCCCACUCCAGCCCGCCUCUGCCGGGCGGGGGGUGCGGCGCGAGCCCGGAGCGCGCGCGCGUGCCGCGACCGGAGGAUGGAUGGAUGGAGCGAACGAGAACGCGAGCGUGCGCGCGCGCGCCCCUCUCCCCCUCCCUCCGCGCGGGCGCGAGGCCAAGCGCGAGCGCGCUCCAACCUCCUCCUCUUCCUCCUCCCGCCCCCCUCAACACCCCGCCCCCGCCCUCCCUUCCUCUUCCUUCUUUCGCUUUCGCGCGCCCAGCGACUGCUCGCGCCUGCUAGAAGGGCCCGAGCGCGUGCAUCUGCCCCGCGGCCGCAGCUCGGCAGCAUUUGCUCCAGGGGGCGGGGACCGGGCGGGGAGGAGGGGCGCCACGCCGCCGUCCAAAGUACCGGCGGAUGGGGACGAGGGCGGGGAGAUGGGCGAGGCCUUCAGGAGCUACCUUGGCCAAUCGCUGUCUCGCCUUGGCCUAGCCGGCCCAAUAGGAUGGCAGUGGGUGGAGCGGCGUUCAAGCUCCCACACCUGCUGGCCUUCCUUCUUCUGGAACCCACGCUGGACCCUCUGCCCCUCAGCCUGCCUGCCUGGUACUAACCAGACACUUCCCCAGACCCAGUGUUGCCCCCCUGGCUGUGCCCAUGUCAGCGCGUUCUCACAGUGCCACUUUACCUUCUGGACGAAAAGUCCUCUCAGCCGCAGUAAAUGCCUAGACUAGAGCUUCCAUCUCGGUUACUCUCUGUGGGGACAAAGUGUGACAGCCCCCUCCGAUUAGAAGAGAAGAUUAAACGAGGAAAGUUUUAAAUACUUUGAGGCCAUCACGGGCUCUUCAGUCUUCAGGAAACGUUUAUUGAGAUGAUAGUCCUAAGUGGUAAAUAUGAGGAGUCAGUUCUGAAUUUAAAUCUUUGGGCUUUACAAAUGAGCUUGGGCAAAUGAGCUCUCUGUUGCCUCUGUUUCCUCUGUUGUCCCUGGGUAUAAUGAUACUACCUAUCUUAUUAGGUGGUUGUAAGGACUGACAAGUCAGUGCAUGUGACACUCUUAGCUCAGGGUAAGUGCUCCAUUAAGUCUUAGCUGUUACUCUUACAGUUCUCUGUAAAAAUUCCUACCAUGCAUACAUGCUAGGACGCAAAGAUCAAGUAAGACAGUUGUCUUCCUCAAGAAGUUCACAAUUUGUGAGCUGGACAGACAUGUAGAAAAAUAACUGCAAGCAGUGUUAUAAAAACAAGAGAAAUAUGCAUAGGGGGCGGAGGUGGCCCAGAGGAGAGGUCAGAUGAUAUAAGACAGUUGGUCAGGGAAGGCUUCUUGUAGUGAGAGAUGGACCAGGUCAAGGUAGGACAAGAAGGCACUAGACACCCCAAACAGUAAGCUUUAGAAGUAUGGUUCAGUCUGGGGACUGGCUGAAACAUAGGAAUUGGUGGGGAAAUAGCAGGAAGUGAGCGAGUCAGACUAUAUAGAAGUAAAGGUGUGCUGAGGGAUGCAGGUUUUAACCUAAUAGGCCAUGAGGAGUCCUCAAGGGGGAUCAUUUGACCAGACUUGAAUUUUAAAUAAGUCACUCUGGAAUACCUUAGAAGCAGUAGGUUGUUUUUUUAAAUUUAAGUAUCAUUGAUACACAAUCUUCUGAAGGUUUCAGUUGAACAACAUUGUGAUUUCAACAUUCACCUGUAUUACAAAGUCCUCCACCUCCCCCCGUUGCAGUCACUGUCUAUCAGUGUAGUAAGGUGCUAUAGAGUCAUUACUUGUCUUCUUCGUGCUGUACUGCCUUCCCUGUGACCCACCUAUGUUGUGAUUGCAAAUUAUAGUGACCCUUAAGCCCCUUCUCCCUCCCCACCCACCCUCCCCAUCCCCUCCCUUUUGGUAUCCACUAAUCCCUUCUUGGAGACUCGGAGUCAGAAGCAGUAGGUUUUUAUUAUCAAUUGAGGUGCAUGGGAUAAAGGAGAAAAGCCCUGAAAACACCUUUAACCAAGAUGAAGAGAUGUGAGGAUACCGGAGAAUGACAAAUUCGGUUUGGGAUAGUUGGAGUUGCUGUGGGAUCAGCUGGUGGAAACUCUCAGAAGGUGGUUGAGUCUUGAGAAACCUCCACAGUAUGAUCAGGAAUUAUCCACCCCAAUGAUGCUGUUCUGUUUCUUAGGCUCUAAAUAUGCCCAGUACAUCCUACCCUGAGGAAUUGAUACUUGCCCAGGAAACCUUUCUGUCUCCUCCCUAUAUACCUAAAUCCUUCUUCACUUAUCCACUAGGGCCAUCCUCACACCAAACUCCUUUACAAAUGGAUUGCACUAUUCAUUCUGCUCUUGGCCUGGGCUGCUCUGUGGUGGUGACCUCUUUGGGCACGUGCCUGGUCUCCACAGUUAGCACCAGUCAAUAAACACUAAGGACUGCACUGGUCCAGGCUCUGGGUGAGGCCCUGGGGUUACCGCAACAAGCCAGAGAGACACACUGACUUUGUCCUAGUAGAGCUUACAGCCCAGUAAAGCCUGAUGUGGAAGAAACAAGACCGAGUGUGAAGGCAUCCAGGUUGCGAGCUGCUGAAGAAACAAAUGGCAUAGAGAUCUUUUUGUCAGGGGUUCAUGGAAGCCUAUUGCCCCCAAAGUGAUCUUUUAAGUGGAGCCCUGAAUUAACCAGGCAGAGAGUGAAUAGGAACAUUCUAGGCAGAGAGGAGGUUAUGUGUAUAGGCAGAGCAUGUAUAGGCCCUGGAGGAGAGUGUUGUGUUUGAGGCACAGGUGGCUUGUGUAGCUGCAGUUGCGCCAGAGAGACCAGCAGAGGCAACAGAUCAUCCGGGACCUUGUGGGCCAUACUUACUCCCUCAUUCAGUAAAUGUUUCUUGACUGUCAAAUGUAUGCCAAUCAAUUUUAGGUGCUGAGAUUACUGUAACAAACAAGCAGAUAAAGUGUCUGCUUGGAGAGAGAGACAAUAACCAAGUAAACAGUUACAGAAACAAGGAGAUUUAGGAGGAGGCCUCUAUAGAGAAAGUGGUCAGGGAAGACCUGUCUGUUAGGUGAUAUGUGAGCUGAAGCCUGAAGGAUGAGAAAAUCAGCAAUUUGUAGAGUUAGGAGAACAGCAUUUUGGGCAGAGAGAACAAAUGCAAAGGCCUUGUGAUAGGCAUGUUUGAGGAACACAAGGGAGAGAUCACUUGGCUGGUUCAUUGUGAAUGAUUGGAAGAGGGGGGCCAGAGAAUGUGGGAGAAGGGAAGCAGGAGAAAGGCCUUGUUGGGCAUGGGAAGCCAUGGUAAAUUUAAGUACAGAAGUAAUCAGAUUUAUUUUUCAGACAACUUGCUGUGUGCAGAAUGGACUGUAGGGGGCAAGAGUGUAGGCAGGAAGACCAGUUUUAGGAGGUUUGCAGAAUUUGAGCAAUGGCCUUGACUAGGACCAGGAUGGCAGCAGUGGAUAAGGGGAGGCAGAUGUGAGAGAGACAGGAAGUGGAAUGGACAGGUCUAGGUGUACAAAUAGAUGUGGAAGAGGGAGAGAGUAGUCAAGGCUGAUACCCUAGUUUCUACAUUGAGUGACUAGAACAUUUUGGGCGUUGAGGUAUAAGAUGCCUUCAAGAUAUCCCAGAGUAUACUCAAAAGUCAACACAGGUCUAUAGCUUGGGGAGAAUGGUCUCUGUAGAUAACCACAUCUUGGAAUGGUUACCUAUGGGCGACAACUGGAAGUUCAUAGGGCAACAUGAACACUUCAGAUAGAAUGAGGAGGAGGAGCCCAUGCCAUUAAAGUAGACCAAGAUGUCAAGAGACAGGUGUCCCCUGGAUGUAAUGAUGAACAUUACAUAAGGUGGUAACCUUAGAGAAUCCCCCCGGGGAAGUGGUGAGUGGGAGAUGAGGAAGUGGGAGACCAUGAGAAGCAAAGGGCUUUUCAGCAGUUCAGCAAAAAUAGAAGAAUGUGGGAUUGAGGAAGAGCCCUUGAAGGAAGCCUAGAUCUUCAGCCUUUGGUGGUUACAGGAACCCAGCCCGGGCUUGUGCACGGAAGGCUGUCUUCCUUAACCAGAAUCAUCUAGGCCCAGCCUGCUUCCCAUCCGAUGUCUGAGUGGCGUCAGGAAGUCAUCCCUAACCCUAGGUUAUGGCUGAGGGUUCAAGGUGGGAGGUGACCCCAACUCUCAGUAAGCCCUGCAUGACCAGAGUGAACCCCUGACCCUAAAAGUUCAUCACUCCUAUUUUUCAAGGCAGUGCACUCUGGGAGAAAAUAACAUAGCUGUUCUCCAAAUUCUCACUCAGAGUCCUUAGUGUGUCUGACUACCCAAAGUGAACAAUUGAGAAAGUCCAAGAAAAGUAGCGUGUAACAAUGUGAAGGGUAGGUUGCUUGUGGAGUCUUCAGGAAAGAAGGGGCAAACAAGCUGGCUUCAAGUAUCUUUCCACACUGAACCUGUUGGGUCUCCCCUGCACCCUGCCCUUCAUUGAUUCCAGUGACCACACAGCAGUCAAACCUUUGUUUUUCACUUUAUUGUACAAAAAAAAGGGAAAACAAAACUUCCACAGUUGACCUUAAGCUUAGGCAGACACCUCUAAGCCACUCCCUCCCACCUCCCAUGAUACAAAUUCAGGUUGUGGUGGUUGUUGAAACCUACAAAAAUCACUCCUUAAAUAUUAGAAAAAAAAGGGAGGGGGAGCAGAU